AUGAUCGAUGACGUGCCAGCAGAGAAGCGAAUGAGAUCGUUCGCUUUCGCCAAGCGGUCACCAUACCGACAAUUUGCUUUUGCUAAAAGAUCGGAUGAAAUUGUUGAAGACGAUGGAGAACUUGAGAAGCGAGCUCGAUUUGCAUUCGCAAAAAGAUCACCAUACCGCCAGUUCGCCUUUGCCAAACGAGCGUCACCUUACGGAUUCGCCUUCGCUAAGCGAGGCUAUUCCUCUUUCGCCUAA